CAGUUUUGGUUCGGGAUCAUUGUGGGGGUGGUGGUUCAGGAUUUGCAAGGAGAACUUUCAACCAAUGUGACGACAACUGGGACACGGCCUCAGAGUAGGUCGUGGCUGUUUUCAUUGGAUGAGAAAAUUUACGUUUUCAAAAUGUGAAAAAAGCAGGAAAUGCAUUUCUACCGUGCUCAGUGUGUGUAUAUGUGACCUAUAGAGUCAUAUGGACGCUCCAAAAUGUCUAAAAAGUGGAUUUUGCAUGAUAUGGGCCCUUUAAUGCAGCAGAAGCAAGGUGGUGAUGCUGUGUUCUCACUCUUUACCUUCCCCCUUUUAGAAAAUAGGUAAGUGUUUGCUUUAUUGAUGCUUUCUUGUAUUAGUUUGACUCAGACAGUCUAACGGCUAAAUGGUGUGAAUGUUGUCACUGACAGCUUGUCACUAGCUGCUAGCAGGCAGUCGCUAGUGCUGUGUUGUAAUAACUACACUAUUUACAGAACCAAGAUCAGGAUGGAACCUAAAUUCUUUAAUUGCAGUGAUAGCAGUGAAAUAACAUGUCUGUAUCCUAUAACCUAAUUUAAAGCUGAGUCUGUAGACAGAUGCACAAAUAGACUGGAGUUGACAGUUGAAAAGAACACAAUUUAUUAACAGAUCUGAAAAUCACAACAAGGCUGGUCAAUGCUGUGCUCUUUAUCUGCUUCAGGCAUCUUUUUUGUCCUGUCCGGCAAUUUAACAAGAGGCAUGUAUUAGGCUGAAUGUCAAAUUGUGAUGGACAGUAUACAAAUAAUAUAUAUACGCAUGUUUUGGCAAAGAGCAAGUGAGGAUCAGUAAUGCAAUUGUUAAUCGGAAUCGAAUCCCGUUAAUUUUUUGCUAGAUUCACAAUAAUUGAGAACAGGGCCUAGGGGAUAAUUUGAUGCCUUGGCGGAGUGUGGUACAGUAGAUGGAAUGUUAUUCAAGUGGUAAGUGGUAACAAUAUAGAUUUUGUCCAGUUGAUAUAAUAUUCUGAAAGUGCUGAGAAUUCAUCUAUAAGGCUGAAUGAGACAUCUGUGACUUCGGGAGGAUCAAUAAGACAUCAUCAGCAUAUAAACCUAUAUUACGAUUAGCCAAUUUUGUCGAUAUUCCCUCAUCAUCUAACUGCUGCAGCUAGUGGUUCAAUGAAUAUUAACUAGCAAAUAGUGAUAAAGAGAGAGAGUGGGCUGUCUGUUCCUGCUAUGCAAACUCAGUCUUGGUGAGGUUUGGCUAUUUGUUCUGACUGCGGCGUUUGCUUAGCUGUAUAAUAUUUGGAUCCAGUUUAUACAGUAAAUUGGUUCCCAAUGCUGGAGUGUAAAACAGGUGCUAUGGUGAGUUCAUACUGGUCUUACUGGUUUCUGAUAGUUAGGAACAGAUGGUUUCUCUUUAGUCACCAAAGCUUAAAACAAUGGAGUUUAGACUGUUUAAAUGACGUCAGUGUUAACUGUUUUGCAAAAUGGAAGAGAUAAUGAUCGAUCUAAUGAGAACAGGUUUACAUGUUUGCUACAUGUGUCUAAAAAGCAAUUUCUGCUUUGUGAUGUAACUCUCAACAGAGAGAGAAAAUUAAUAGGAUACCUUCCCACGAGGAUGCAGGAAUGAAGAAGGUUCAGGAUUGCUUAAGGCUGGAACUGUGAAAAGUGUGCAUGCAGGAUGUUGUCAACUUUCUGGAAAACCUGGCCAGAAAACAGCUUGAAGCAGGCCUUUCUUAACUUUUUAGCCAAGGAAACAGAAACUGGUGAAUGAUCAGUGAUCUCCGGAGGAGUGGUGAACUAGUGACAACAUAUAUUCCCUGGAGGUGGGAUUAAAAGAACACCAGGUGUCACAGAGACCAAGAUCAUCCAUGUACUGAUUUAAGGGUUUUCAAAUGGUUAAACACUUUGAAUCAGUUCCCAUUCUUCCAGGUAUAUCCCAAGUGACAAUCGUCAAUGGUGUCAUACAGGAACUUAUCUGUCUGGUGUGGAUUACUAGUCUUGUGUGCAUGUAGUGUGACAGACUUUACAGUAGUUGUGUGGCUGAUAUUGAGCGCAUGUGUGUUCUGUGUUUUGUUUAUGUAUGUGCAAAUGUUUUGCCUGUAAAGUAGCUUUUUAUGUGUAGCUGUUGUAGGACUACACAGCUAGCUGACUAUGUAAGGCGAAAUUGGGGAAGAGAGGGACAUACAGAGUAUGGAGUAAAAGUGGGUGAUGGGAAAAAAGUGAUAAAAAGGAAAUUAAGGUGGGAUAAAAUUGAACGGUUCAUGUCUGAUACAUUCUGUGGAGUUAAAGUUAUGUACAGCAUUGCUUCUAUUUUUUCCCUGCAACAAACCUUUUUCUAUUAAACAAUUUUUUUCACAUACCACCUGUUAGUGCAGCCACUGCUUCACGGUCCCUAUAGAGCCCUCCGUUGAUGUACAGUUUGUCUACGCUGAUGACAGCCCUGCAGCCUUCUGCCCUGAACCUCUUACAGAUGGGCAACAGCUGGCGGCAUCGGUCAGGGAUCUCCUUAGGGAACUGAUCAUUGACACUGUAAUCAGUUCCCUUCAGCUGUCUGCCCUGGCUUUUGACCAGUUCCUUUUGCUUAAAGUCAUGUCGUGGGCACUGGCCAUCCAGUUGUCUUCCUCCCAGUUGAUGGGCAUGAUGAAAUGUUUGAGCUCUAUGGUGCAGAGACCUGCUCCAGUGCUACUCAGUGUCAUUUCACCUCUAUGAUAAUCUUUUUGUCUGUAUGUUGUAUUGGAUGUUCAGUCUCAGGUCUCAUCUCUGUCUUCCUACUUUUAAUUGGGACACAAGCAAUAACCCAACUGACCAUUGACAAUACUGUUGAUGUUCCACAGGGAGUCACAAUGGAAUCAGGAAAUCAAAUAAAAAUCUUGAAAUGUCUCGAGGAUCUGACAGAGGAUGACUUUAAGAGGUUCAAAUGGUACCUUGGGCGUGAAAACAUUCCAGAUUCUUCUUUGGAAGCUGCGUCGAGGGAGAAAACUGUGACGCUGAUGAACAAUAACUUUACUGAUGGAUUGCUGGAAAAGGCCAAGCAGGUGUUUAAGAACAUUUACAGACCGGACCUGGUGGAGAAAUUGUCAGAUACAAGCUCAGGACCACAAGCUGAUUCUGGGCAGUUUUCAGAGAGUGUUGUUCAGGCUCCGCCCCCUCCUCAGGCUCCUCCCACUCAGAGUUCACCAGAUCAGAACACGGAAGAUGGAAUGGUUCCAGUACCAGAGCCCCAGCUUAUCACUCAUUACCAAAAGAUGCUCCAGUCCUACAUUCAGGACUCCUUCAUGAGUGCACAACAAGGGUGGGCACAGAGAAAAGACGGGAAGCCUCUUAACAGCAUCUACACAGAGCUGUAUGUCACAGCAGGGGGUGAUGUACAGCUCAACAUGCAGCAUGAGGUCAGACAGAUUGAAAUGGCAUCAAGACCAACAGACACAGAAGAAUCAAUACAACCCAGUGACAUUUUCAAAUGUCCCUCUGGUGAAAACCGACCUAUAAGAACAGUGUUGACCAAUGGAAUCGCUGGAAUUGGAAAAACCUUCCUUGUGCAUAAGUUUGUGUUGGACUGGGCUAAACAAAUGUCCAAUCAAGACGUGCACCUGGUCUUCCCUUUCACCUUCCGCCAGCUGAACUCACUGAAAGAAAGGUUCAGUUUGUCAGAGCUCAUUCAUGAAUGUAUCCCAGAAACUCUGUCCAUCAGCCUGGAGGCUCUGAACCAUGUCUUUACACAUUUACAGUCAUCAGGAAAUGGCAACUAUGACAAGAGCAGGUUCAAACUUCUGUUUGUGUUUGAUGGACUGGAUGAGAGUCGCCUCCAACUGAACUGUAGCACCAGUAAGAAAGAGACCGGUCAGUGUGACGUCACAGAGUCCACCUCAGUGGAUGAGCUGGUGACAAACCUCAUCAGUGAAAAACUACUACGCUCUGCUCGCAUCUGGAUCACCACACGACCUGCAGCAGCCAAUCAGAUUCAUGGAGACUUUGUUGACGUGGUGACGGAGGUCAGAGGGUUCACUGACCCACAGAAGGAGGAGUACUUCAGGAAGAGAUUCACAGAUGAGGAGCAAAGCAACAGAAUCAUGUCCCACAUCAAGACAUCACAAAGCCUCCACAUCAUGUGCCACAUCCCAGUCUUCUGCUGGAUCACUGCUACAGUUCUGGAGGAUCUGCUAGAAACCAGAGAGGAAGCAGAGCUGCCCAAAACCCUGACUGAGAUGUACGCAGAGUUCCUGGGUUUUCAGAUGGAUCAGACAGAAGACAAGUACGGAACAGAACAUAGCAGCAACUACAUCAAGUCAUUAGCUAAACUAGCUUAUAAGCAGCUGGAAAAGGGAAACUUGAUCUUCUAUGAGGAAGACCUGAAAGAGAGUGACAUCGAUGUCAGUGAAGCCUCAGUGUGUUCAGGAGUGUUUACAGAGAUCUUUAAGGAAGAGCGAGGGAGGAAAGCCAAGGAGAAGAUGUUCAGCUUUGUUCAUCUGAGUGUUCAGGAGUUUCUGGCUGCUGUUUAUGUUAGACUGUCACUCAUCAACCAAAACAAAAAUGUGAUGCUUUUGCCACAACUAUCACUACGAAACCUGAAAAUGUUUUUGACCAAAUCUUCACUGACGAUCCACAAGAUUUCCAUCAACAGGGCCCUAAAGAGUCCACACGGACAUCUGGACCUAUUCUUACGCUUCUUGUUGGGUCUUUCACUGCCGACUAAUCAAAAGAAACUACACAAACUUCUGAAAAAAACACAGAGUAGCGUAAAAAACAACCAGAAAACUGUCCAGUACAUCAGGAAGAAGCUCAGCAAGGAUCUAUCUGCAGAGAGAAGCAUCAACCUGUUCCACUGUCUGAACGAGCUGAAUGAUGGUUCUCUGGUGAAGGAGAUCCAGCAGAACCUGAGAUCAGGGCAUCUGUCCACACAGGAACUGUCUCCUGCCCAGUGGUCGGCUCUGGUCUUCAUCUUACUGUCAUCGGGAGAAGAUCUGGAUGAGUUCGACCUGAAGAAAUACUUGGCUUCAGAGGAGGCUCUGCGGAGGCUGCUGCCCGUCCUUAAGGCCUCCAACAAAGCUCUACUGAGUAGCUGUGAACUCUCAGAGAAAAGCUGCAAAGUGCUGUCCUCAGUUCUUAGCUCCCCAUCCACAAGUUUAACAGAACUGGACCUGACUAAUAACGAUCUACAGGAUUCAGGGGUGCGACUGCUGCUUGCUGGACUAGAAGGUUCUCAUUGCAGGCUGGAAAUUCUCAGGCUGUCCGGCUGCCUGGUCACAGAGACAGGCUGUGCUUCUCUGGACUCGGCUCUGACCUCCAACCCGUCCCACCUGAGAGAACUGGACUUGAGCUACAAUCAUCCAGGAGCCUCAGGAAUAAAGCUGCUGUCUGUUCGACUGAAGGAUCCUCACUGGAGACUAGAAACUCUCAGGGUGGAAAACUGUGGAGAGCAAUGGCUAAAACCUGGUCUGAGUAAGUAUUUCAGUGAACUUACAAUCGACACGAACACAGUGAAUCCAAACCUCCAACUGUCUGACAACAACCGGAAGGUGACCCGCGUGAAGGAGAGGCAGCCGUAUCCUGACCAUCCAGACAGGUUCGCCCAGUGUCCUCAGCUGCUGUGCAGCACUGGUCUAGCUGGUCGUUGUUACUGGGAGGUGGAAUGGAGUGGGGGAGGUGAAGUAGCUGUGAGCUAUAGAGAAAUAGGCAGAAGGGGGAAUGGUGAUGACUGCAAGUUUGGAGAGAACCAUCAGUCCUGGAGUCUGAUCUGCUCCAGUGAUCGUUACUCAGUCUGUCACAACAAGAAAGACGCAUCUGUCCACUCCUUCUCCUCUUCCUCCUCUUCGUCCGUUUCUCACAGAGCAGCUGUUUUUGUGGACUGUCCUGCUGGGACUCUAUCCUUCUACAGAGUUACCUCUGACAAACGAGUCCAUCUCCACACCUUCAGCACCACUUUCACUGGACCUCUGUAUCCUGGGUUUAGAGUCUGGUCUGGUUCCGUGUUGUCUCUGAGUCCUCUGUAGGCAGGGCCGGCUCCAAACAAGAUGAAGGUUGACUGCAGUUUUGUUUGAAUGUAUGUUAUGUACAGUAUAUGAACUACUUUAUAGAACUAUGUCUGCUCAGCUCACCAUUGAGAUGUAGGAGACCCAGGUUCAAAUCCAGUAUGGAUUGCUCCCUGUAUGCGGUUUGGGGCAAAAAUGCAUGCUUUAAUGGCACAAGGAUCAUGUGCAUAUCACACCAGAACCUGACAAACAUCGACGCACUGGACUAAACAACAAUUACACUUCAUAUUAAAAGAUUUUACACAAACUUAGUCAUUUACUUUUAGUACUGAACUUUUUGUUUUUGAUGUUAUUGAUGUUAUUUGUCUUAUUCAGUAAUGUGAAAUGCAUAUCUUAGUCUGUUAUAAUGUGAAUACGUAUAAUUUUAUUCUCCAAGUAGCUUUAUGAGCUGAACAAUAACAUUAGCAGGCCCAGGCCUCUCUGCUGCAGCAGGGCGGCUGUCCUCCUCCUUGGUUGUGGUUUCUCAAAACUGCUCUGUGCUUGUGGCAAUAAAUGAUAACCACAU